AUGGAUCUCUACUGGAUCCGGUCCAAAGGGUUGAGAAGGAACAUGUUACAGUGCUGGAUGUUACUCCUUUUCUCCCAUGGAUUUGUAUUCAAGAUUGUCCAAGGGGAACUUCCUUUCAUGUUGGGGAACAAUGCUGCCAUGCUGGUCAACUUGAACGCUGUUGACGGAAACAAGAAGUUGUUCGCCAUCUAUGACACCAGCGUCAACGAACCUGGCAACAUGUCCAUCGUGAAGGAGACGGUGGAUAAACUACUAAAAGGGUACGACAUCCGACUGAGACCGGACUUUGGAGGGCCCCCAGUAGCAGUCGGCAUGAGCAUAGACGUGGCCAGCAUAGACAUGGUGUCAGAAGUCAACAUGGACUACACGCUGACCAUGUAUUUCCAGCAGUACUGGAGGGACAAGCGUCUAGCCUACAUAGGAAUCCCUCUGAACUUGACUCUGGACAACAGGGUGGCAGAUCAGCUAUGGGUCCCUGAUACUUACUUUCUCAAUGACAAGAAGUCUUUUGUUCAUGGAGUAACAGUCAAAAAUCGCAUGAUUCGCCUGCAUCCAGAUGGGACUGUCCUGUAUGGACUCAGGAUAACAACAACAGCUGCUUGCAUGAUGGACCUCAGGAGGUAUCCCCUGGAUGAGCAGAACUGCACUCUGGAGAUAGAGAGCUAUGGCUAUACCACAGAUGACAUCGAGUUCUACUGGAAAGGAGGCGAGUCGGCUGUAACAGGGGUGACACGAAUCGAGCUGCCACAGUUCUCCAUUGUCGACUACAAACUGGUUUCCAGAAAUGUUGUCUUUUCCACAGGUGCCUAUCCUCGACUGUCUCUGAGCUUUAAGCUGAAGAGGAACAUCGGUUACUUCAUUUUGCAGACAUACAUGCCAUCAAUCCUGAUCACCAUCCUAUCCUGGGUAUCCUUCUGGAUAAACUAUGAUGCAUCUGCAGCCAGGGUGGCUCUUGGAAUCACUACGGUGCUGACCAUGACCACCAUCAACACCCACCUGAGGGAGACGUUACCCAAGAUUCCUUAUGUUAAGGCCAUCGACAUGUACCUGAUGGGCUGCUUUGUCAUGGUCUUCCUCGCCCUCCUUGAGUAUGCCUUUGUCAACUAUAUAUUCUUCGGGAGAGGACCUCAGAUGCAGAAGAAGUUGGCGGAGAAAGCAGAGAAGGCUAACAACGAGAGAGCGGCCAAGUACGAUGCAGCACGGGAGGCAGGUAGUAGGACCGCAUCCCUAAAACGGUCCAAUCAGAUUAAAGGUCUUCGCCACUCACGCUCGGCGGAACCGCACGGCCACGGAAACAUCCUGCUGACCACGUUAGAGAUCCACAACGAAGUGGCAGGAGGUGAGAUCACUACCAGUGUGGCAGACAUUAGGAACUCUCAGUCCAUGGUGCAGUUGGACAGCACGGCUUCCUCGCACAUCCAGUACCGCAAGCAGAGCGGCGGGGUUGGGCCACGCUCUGCCAGCCGCCACUCUCUGGACCGCUCUGCCCAGAUCAAACGGAGCCGCUUACGGAGGCGAUCCUCUCAGCUCAAAAUCAAAAUCCCCGACCUGACGGACGUGAAUGCCAUCGAUCGCUGGUCUCGUAUUAUCUUCCCGUCCGUUUUCUCACUAUUCAACCUGAUCUAUUGGCUCUACUAUGUCUGAUCCAAACUGUUUUUGGUGUUCAUUAUUGUUUGAUUUUGACUUUCAUUUCAUUUGUUCAUUCUCCUUUUUUUGUUGCUUUUGUACCUGAUGGAACCUGUCGAGUCAAAGACUGCAACAAAGCAAGAUUAAAGAGAAAAAACUGACUUAAAGACUAUUAUGUUUUGGACCAAGUUCUCAUUGAAAUUGUUUUUUAUAUAUGCAUACAUAUAUAAAUAUAUAUAUUUGCAGUCUUUGAAUCCUGAGCACUGAGGUCUUUUUACUUUUUAUUUUAAGUAUGUACUGUAAUUUGGACUUGUAACUGUUUUUCCCCAACAUAUGCCCUUAUUGAUAAUGUGUAUAUAGUAAAAAAAAAAAAAAAAAAAGAAAGCCAGCAAAUUAAAAAACAUAUAUUAGAAAAAUAUAUUUAAAAAAAUAUGCGAAAGCAGUUAAAGUCAAGAUUUUUUUUUUUUAUUGAAAGUUGAUCGGGUGCAGGCAAUAUCUAAAAUUAACCAAUUAAAAGUGGUAUGCUAUGCAUUUUUAAAGUAGGCACAGUGUAGAAACAGAAUAACAUAUGCAUUUAUAGUGUUUAUAAUACUCUUGAUACUAUUUGCAAUUUCCUGUGCAUUGAUCUGGUAAGCAAAAUUUUUUCAAUCUGUUCUUUAAGAUGAUUUUUGUCUCAGGUUUUGAAUUUUUAUUAAGUUUGUUGUGGACAAACACAAAGAAAAUAAGCACAAUUUAUGAAUAAAACUGCCGUCUUUUCAGAUUAAAAGCAGAACUUCAUGUGAUUGCAUGACAAAUUUGCACUCAGAUUUUCAAAACUUGCUUAUAAAACUUUUUCUUUUAUUUUACUUUCUAUUCAGAACAACUGCCAAUGGCCCUUUGGGGCAAAACUAGUUACUAUUUAACCCAUAAAGUAUUAUGAUAUUUUUGUACUCCUUGUCUUCCGGUAUUUAUUUUAUUUCCUAACCUACUUUGUUUUAUUCAAGACCAGUUCAUUUAUUGUGAUAGUAUGGUGGAUUUACAUUUUUUUUUUUGUACAUAGGUGUGUAUAUAUGUCUAUACAUACACUAUGUGUUUAACCCAAAAAAAAAAAAAAAA